AUGGCGGACCAGGAAGAACACCGGGAGAUCGCGCCUGGGAGUGCGACAGACGGCUCAACGGCGGUCACAACUACAGGGGAAAAGAAGAUCAUCAAGAAGAUUAUUCGCAAAAAGAAGAAACCCGCAAGAGUGCAGAUUGAUCCUAGCGAAUUCACUUCGGAGGCACCACCACAGACUGGAACCACAUACAAUAUCUGGUUCAACAAGUGGGCGGGCGGAGAUCGAGAAGCAUACCAGCAGACCAAGGCCAAGGGCCGAUGUAUCAUUGCGACGGACGCCGGCUACACCACAGCUGAUAAUGUGUCGGGAAGCUAUUUCUGCCUUCGAUUUGCACGGGGAAUCUGCCCGCUGGGACAAGACUGCACAAAUUUGCACCGAUUACCGGGGACGUUCGACCUUUUCAACCCAAAUGUCGACUGCUUUGGCCGCGAAAAGUUCAGCGACUACAGAGAUGAUAUGGGUGGUGUCGGAAGCUUCAUGCGCCAGAAUAGAACAAUUUACGUGGGUCGCAUUCAUGUGACGGACGAUAUCGAAGAGAUUGUGGCUCGCCAUUUUGCGGAAUGGGGACAGGUUGAACGAGUCCGCGUCUUAAACUCGCGAGGUGUCGCCUUCAUCACAUACACCAACGAGGCCAACGCCCAAUUCGCCAGAGAAGCCAUGGCCCACCAGUCCCUAGACCACGAUGAGAUCCUAAAUGUGCGAUGGGCCACGGCCGAUCCUAACCCCAUGGCCCAAGCUCGCGAGGCGAGACGAGUCGAAGAACAGGCUGCUGAAGCUGUUCGCAGAGCGCUUCCUGCGGAGUAUGUGGCUGAAAUCGAAGGCAAAGGCCCUGACGCCAGGAAGCGGAGACGCAUCGAGAGCAGUUACGGCUUGGAAGGGGAUGAGGCACCCGACGAUGUGCAUUUCGCUCGAGGCAAAACCGCAGUCAAUCCUGUGGGCCACGAAGGUUUGCAGGUAGAAUACCAGCAGCCUUUGAUGCUGGAAAAUGGCCAGUCGACAGAAGAACCCGAAACCACAACAGCACCACCCCCAGCGCCAGAAACGGCCGGUAUAUUUUCCAGUUCUACACUGGCAGCACUCAACAAAGCCAAAGUAGCUGUAACGUCGAAGCCCAAGGCGGCGGCUCCUACAGGGCCUCUUGUAUCUUAUGAUAGCGACAGCGAUGACGAAUAA